AUGGUCGGAUGCGAGGAGGUGUUCAAGAAGAUAUUGGAUCAGCUCACGCAACAAUCAACUAAGAGGAGACAAGUUGUUUCGGUUGUUGGCAUGGGAGGAAUAGGCAAGACCACUUUAGCGCACAAAGUUUAUGAACAUCCAUCAAUUACUUCUCAUUUCGACAAGCGAGCAUGGGUUAGUGUAUCCCAAAAGCAUUCAAAGGAACAAAUGCUCCAAUCUCUAAUUGGUGGUGUUAUUGGAGCAUCAAGAGCUGAACUCCAUAAACAGAGAACUGACCAAUUAGCUGAGCGUCUGCGUAAAUACUUGAAGGAACAGAGAUAUUUGAUAGUGAUAGAUGAUAUAUGGAGUGAAGAAGCUUGGGAUAGUGUGCAAAGGUGCUUUCCAGAUGAUAAUAAUGGAAGUCGUAUACUUUUGACUUCUCGACUCAAAGAGGUGGCUAAAUAUGCUAGCUCAGGUAACUAUAUCAUUAACAUGCCUUUCUUAGAUGCUGGUGAAAGUUGGAGUCUGUACUGCAAAGUGUUUGGUAAAAUUGAAUUUCCUUCGAAGUUUGAGCAAAUUGGUAGAGACGUAGUGAAGAAAUGUAAUGGAUUACCUCUAGCUAUUACUAUAGUAGCUAGUCUUCUCUCCAAGACAGAGCAGAACGAGGAAAAGUGGAAGAAUGUCGCAAAAAGUGUAACUGAUGGUUCUAAUGAUGCAUGUUCCAGAAUACUAUAUCUGAGUUACAAUCAAUUGUCUCAUCACUUAAAAGCUUGCUUUUUAUAUUUUGGAACUUUCGAGGAAGACUAUGAGAUCCCGGUGAAGAAGUUGGUUAGGUUGUGGGCAGCAGAUGGAUUUUUGAGCACUGUGAAGCAUGUGAAUAUAGAGAAAGUGGCCAUGGAAUGCUUGCAAGAUCUUGUUGAUAGAAGUCUUGUUAUAGUUAGCAAACAGAGCUACAAUGGGAAAAUGAAGAGAAUAAGGAUACAUGAUCUGUUGCGAGAUUUGUGCUUGAAUGAAGCUAAACGUGAAAAUCUAUUGAAUGUGUUUGGAUAUGAAAAACUUCCAUGGAAAUCACAGCACCUGUUUACUGGUUUCAUUACUCAAAUCAGCUUUGAUCAUCUAUUUUCACACUUCAAACUGCUAAGAUUAGUAGACAUUGAAUGUGGAUUAUAUUCUGAUCAAUAUGUGGCUCUAACUGUGCUUACCAAUCUUGUUCAUUUGAGAUACUUUGCUUUGACCGUAUUAUCAAGCUCUAUUGGUGACGAUGCUUCUUUUCGUGUAAAGCUCUUUGAGCAUAGGAAUAUGCAAAGCUUUAUUGUUCGUGGAAAAUCUAAACUCGGUCAAUUGUUCAUAGAAACUUAG